GCCACGUGUGUGGGCCAUGGCGGGCGGGCUGGAGCCGCACCUGGAGGCGCUGCGGCGGGAGCUGCACGGCCCCGCCGUGCUCUCCGUGCUCGUCGCGCUCAUCGCCGUGGCAAUCACCUUCCUGAUCUGGCGGUUCGUGCAGGGCAGGAGGAGCAGCCGCAAGGCCGUGCUGCUGCUGGGCCUCUGCGACGCGGGGAAGACGCUGCUUUUCGCGCGGCUGCUGUCGGGGCGGUACCGCGACACGCAGACCUCCAUCACCGACAGCUCGGCCGUGUACAGGGUCAGCCAGGACAAGAGCACCAAUGUGACCUUGAUCGACCUUCCAGGCCAUGAGAGUCUGAGGCUGCAGUUCUUGGAGAGAUUCAAAGCUGCAGCCAGAGCCAUCGUGUUCGUGGUGGACAGCGUGGCCUUCCAGCGGGAGGUGAAGGAUGUGGCAGAAUUCCUGUACCAGGUGCUGGUGGACAGCACCGUGCUCAGGAACGCGCCCGCGCUGCUCAUCGCCUGCAACAAGCAAGAUGUCACAAUGGCAAAAUCAGCAAAACUCAUCCAGCAGCAGCUGGAGAAAGAGCUCAAUACCCUGCGGGUGACACGCUCUGCAGCCCCCACCAGCCUGGAUGGCUCGGCCACGGGGAGCCCUGCCCAGCUGGGGAAGAAGGGCAAGGACUUCGACUUCUCCCAGCUGCCCAUGAAGGUGGAGUUCGUGGAGUGCAGUGCUCGAGGCAGCAAGGGAGAGGAGGGAGAGGCUGACUUGGAGGGCCUGGAGAAGUGGCUGGUGAAGGUGGCCUGAACAGAGAUGGACAGGGCUGAGGGGCUGAAGGGAAAAAGAUGGUGUGGAGCACUCAGAUGUCAUCUUGAUGUAAAAAGAAGGAACUUCAGCUGGAAGUCAGCACUGUGGUGUCUUCCUCUGCCGCUCGUGGGCUUGGGAGCAAUGUGACAUUUUCCCUCUGACUGUCCCUUCAUGCUGCAAUGUUUUUAUCCUCUCCCCUCUUCCCUUGCCUCCUGUAGGCUGCUGAACCUCUGGGCUUUUCUUUUUCCUUAAUCUUUAGGCUUUUCAUUCGGUAGUUGCCAAGCAAAUUAGGAAGGAGUGCCCUGGCAGGUGAGUUUCAGAGCCUGGAGUGUACCUCUCGUUUCCUGCCGUGGAUCACACCCCUGUUGCCUCUCAGAGCCUCUGACCACUUUAUGUUUGGGGCUGCACAAGCUCCCUAAGUUGGGCAGGCAUUGAGGGAGUGUAAAAAGCUGGUUUCCUCUUUGUGUCUGCCUUCCCAUCGUCCCAAACUGGUGCAGCCCCAUUUCCGUGGGGCUGGAGGAGGGUGAAAUGCCCAAACCAGAUUGCCUGCCCUGCUUUAUCCCUGGGCCCAGCUCUGGUGAUUUCCUCUCUCGAUCAGCUCCUGGGAGUUUUUCUUCAGCUGGGGGCUGUGUCCUGAGAGCUUUACUCUGCUUCACCUUCCAGGCUGUCCUCCCACAGCCAGGAGGGUGGCAGAGCUACAGGGGCUCAUGGCACCAAACUGUGAGGUGGGCAGAGUUUCAGAUCCUACCUGCCUCUGGGACCUGUCGUGCCAGGCGUUUGUUGUGCAGUCUCCUGCUGCCUCCUGCUCCAGCGGCUGCAGGAAGCUCUUGCUUUGUGUGUAAUUAAUUCAUGAGCGCUUGUGGCAAAGUGAGAGGGAAAGUCAAGGAGCUGCCAGCACGUGUGUGUGCUUCGUCCUCCUGGCAGAGAUGCUCAGGGAAGAGGGGAAAGAAAUGGGAGAUUUUCCUCUGCACAUUGCUGAGUCCCACUGCAGUGACAUUUGCCCUUUGUGGCAUCCCUUGUUUUAGGGUUGAGGGGGUGGCUGGCUCCUGGCAGACCCUUUUUGUAGUUUGUAGCUCCCUCUCCCCUAUGGUUUGAUGCCUCCUUCACCGCUCAACUCAUCUCUUGUGUUCUUUUCCUUCUCUGGGGCUUUUCCUGCCUCCCUGCAGCAUUGCCAAGUGUUGGGAAGAGCAGGAACAGCCCUCAGCAAAGCCCUGUGCCUGUAAUGAAGCUGAUCCUUGCAUUUCCAGCCUCGGGAACCAUCCCUGCCGGAGGUGGGGAGGGUUAUAUUUACCAAACAUGUUAUAUUCUUCUGUUUCCUGCAGGCAGAGUCCUGUUGGAACAUGUUUGUCAUGCUUUGAACUCCUUUAGAUAGAGGUCUUGGGCUGCCUGCCUCGAAUCCAUAAUGCUGAAGUGAUUUUGGGCAAAAACUUGCUGUUUCUUUGGGUGAUUGUUCUUGCAAAGACACAAGCCAAGCACCAGCCUCAGCCUAAGGUACCACGAGGCCACGGUGGGUUUUAAGUUAUUCUUUUUAAAAGUAUUCCUUAAGUAAAUUCUUUUUUUGCUUGAA